ACCAGCAUUUGCUACAAGUUUUUUUGUAUUAAAAGCCAGCGCCUUCUACUAAUAGCAUUACACUUGAAUCUUCUAGAGCCCAGUCGAAUAAUUCCAAAAGAUGUCUCGCAUUAACAUGUUGAUGCUAUUGGUGGCCGUUGCCGUGGCCUUGACUUACCCUCAAGAAGCCGCCGAUCCUGCCCCAGCUGUUCCAGUUGCGGAUGGUUUAACAGCUGACCUCCGUCAUCACCACGGCCACAUCAGCGGCGGAUAUGGGGCCGGAUACAACCAAGGAUACGGCGGAUAUAAUCAAGGAUACGGUGGAUACAACCAGCAGGGAUAUGGCGGAUACAACCAGGGAUAUGGAAACGACACUGUCAAUCGAUGUUCAUUGACCCCUCGGAAUGUCGAAAUUUAGAGCACCA